UACCAAAACUAUUUACUUGACAUGUUUAUUUUUUUAUUUUUAAUAAUAUGGAUUUGAUUGAAAGAGAAAUUGGUGUGAUUUGAUAAAUAAAGAGCUGUUUAUAUGUCGUAGGUCAUUUAUUAUAUUAUUAAUUUCAUCUCCUGACAUCAAAUUCAACAAAUGGCAUUGAAGUUUUACUACGACCUUCUCUCCCAACCAUGUCGUGCAGUGAUGAUCUUCCUAAAAACAAACAAAAUUCCUUUUGAUCCAGAGGAAAUUAACUUAAGUGUAGGUGAGCAGUACACUGAAACAUUUGGACAGCUGAAUCGUUUUCGCAAACUUCCAGUCAUCGCUGAUGGUGAUUUCGUUCUUACUGAAAGUGUUGCCAUCCUGCGAUACUUGUGCCGUGAGAAGGAUGUGCCCGACCACUGGUACCCAAAAGAUAGCAAGCAGCAAGCCAUAGUCGAUGAAUACUUAGAGUGGCAGCAUCUCAACACAAGGCUAAACGUAUCUGUGUACAUGUUGAGAAAGUUCUUGUUACCGACUGUGACCGGGAAGCCCGCUUCAACUGAGAAGGUAGCGGAAGCCCUGAAGAACAUGGAGAAGACGCUGAACCAUGUGGAGACCAAGUGGCUGUUGGACGGGCAGCUGUACCUUACUGGAAGUUGUAUCAGCAUCGCAGACUUGCUGGGAGCAUGCGAGAUCGAACAAUCCAUUGGUUAUGUGACUGCUGACUUGAAGAUGGCUCCUGCUGCAGAUGUGAUGGUGAAUAUAAAUGCAGCUGAGAAGAAACUGAUGAUAAUGGUUGUUUCAGCUGGUUGUAUGGCUGCUGAAGUGGAGACCCUUGUUGCAGAUGUAAUAAUGGUGAGUAUGAUUGUAGUUGAGGAGAUACUGAUGUUGAUGAUGGUUGUUGCAACUGGUUGUGUGGCUGCUGAAGUAGAGACCCUUGUUGAAGAUGUAAUGAUGGUGAGGAUGAAUGUAGUUGAGGAGAUACUGAUGUUGAUGAUGGUUGUUGCAACUGGUUGUGUGGCUGCUGAAGUAGAGACCCUUGUUGAAGAUGUAAUGAUGGUGAGGAUGAAUGCAGCUGAGAAGGAACUGAUAACUGUUGCUGCAGCUGGCUGUGCGACUGAUGAGGAGACCUUUGUUGAAGAUGUAAUAAUGGUGAGGAUGAAUGUAGUUGAGGUGAAACUGUUUUUGAUAACUGUUUCAUUUGGUUAUGUGACUGUUGAAAUGGAGACCCUUUUUGCAGAUAUGAUGAUGGUGAGGAUGAAUUUAGCUGAGGAGAAACUGAUGUUGAUGAUUGUUGUUGCAGCUGGUUUUGUAGCUGCUGAAGUGGAGACCCUUGUUUAGAAUGUAAUAAUGGUGAGGAUGAAUGCAGCUGAGGAGGAACUGAUGAUACAUGUUGCAGCUGGUUGUGUGACUGCUGAAGAGGAGACCCUCGUUGAAGAUGCAAUAAUGGUGAGGAUGAAUGUAGUUGAGGAGAAACUGAUGAUAACGGUUGUUUCAUUUGGUUAUGUGACUGCUGAUAUGGAGACCCUUGUUGCAGAUGAGAUGGUGAGGAAGUAUGUAGCUGAGGAGAAACUGAUGUUAAUUCUUGACUAUGUAAAUGCUGAAGUGGAGAUCCUUGUUGCAUAUGUGAUAAUGAUGACACAUGAAUUUGGGGUGAUAACUGUGCCAAAUUUGGUGACUUUUGCUGAGUGUCAUCCACCAUAUUUUGGUGCUGAGUAGUCAACGACUUCGCUAAUGGUGAUGAGUUUGACUGAGAUGACGUGAAUGACCUAGAUGACUGAUAAUCUUGAGUUAAUUGUGUUCCCUGUGGUGUCAGAGACUGUGAAUUGGGCAAUGAACAACCCUCCAUUAGCAAUUGCUGCUGCAGUCCAUCAUCAUAGGGUGGCUGAUGUGAAACUCUCUGUUGUGGUGGCUGUGUUAAUGAUGAGCCUGGGUGCAAAUGAGGUGAUAACUGUUGCUGUAAAAAAUUACUUCGGCCCAUCUGUGGAGAUACUCUUAAAGUGAAUGAUGGUGACUGUGAACGUAGUUUUGAAGACUCUGAAUAUUGCUGAUAAGGAAAGUUAUUUUGAGUAACUGCAGAUUGUAUGUGUGUAGGGGUGAACUUAGAUCUUUGAUGCUGUGCACGUUCAUCUGCAAUAAACUUUUCCUGCUGAUUUUUUUCUACAUCACUUAGCAGCUGUUGGUGGUAGAGAGUUUGUCCCACUGUGGCAGAAGAAAGCAAACGUGCUGAUUCACCUUGUUGCGAUAAAUGAGAUACUUCAAUACUGUCUCCUUCAACACUGUAAAAAACCAACAAAUGUAUAAUAAAUGUAGAAAAACAUAUUUUGUCUACAAUACAGGGUGUCAAUAAAAGAAUGUCAUAGUUUAAAUUAUAUUAUAACAGCUUAAUUUAGACUAUUUAUAACAUACCUAUAUCAAAUGGAAGGUAAACAAUUCCAGUUUUUUUUUUAGAAAUGUUCAAUAUGUGCACCUUUAGUUAUAUGGCAGACAUCCAACCUAAAGUUCAAUUCUUCCCACAUUUUGGUUAACAUGUCCAAAGUAAUGGAAGCAAUAGCUGUUGUGUGUUAAAUAUUGUUGUUCAAGUGUUUGUGGCAGUCAUUUAAAUUGGUAUGUUUAGUUUUAAGGUUGGUAACAUGUUAAUAAAUAAUUGUUGAAUACUUGUUCGUUGUAGUGUUGUUUGACGCGACCAUGUUUAAGAUUUGAUGUGUGUAAAGAAUUUUAGAAGAAGUAAAAUUAGUGAAUUUCAAA